AUCAUCGCCACUUGUUUACCGCUACGACGACAGAUCUACAAUGUUGACGGCGACGUGUUUGUUUCAGACGCCGUCCUGCGCCGGCGCCGGGCCGCUCGCUGCGCGUACGCACGGACUCGUCGAACUUUCUCCUACAUUACUAAUAUCCCUAUUGACUCUACAGUACAUUCAGUGCACAUCGCUAGUGUUUCAAAUAGCUGAUUGUUAAAAUUUUCAAUAUUAAAGUGCCUCAACGCGGUUCGUUAUAGGUAUUAGGUUAAUAUUCGAAUUGAUCAAAAGUGGUGAACUAUUUCAAAAUAUUGAUAGUGGACUCGAAUUUUGCUUGAAGAUUGGCCAACUUACUUUUCCAACGCGACUUGAAGAUUCACCGAAUAUGGCAUAAAGUGAUGGAGCGUAGCGCUGUAAGCGGACAGGUGCACAGAGCAGGCACCGCAGUGCGCGCUCGAAGCGCGAGGUGCGGCGCGGGCGCGGUCGAGUAGCGCGGCGCGGUGGCGGGUGCGCGCGCGGCGGGGGGCGCGGGGGCGGCGCAUGCACGCCACCGGCCACACGGACCGCUCGGGCGGCGGCGGCGGCGGCGGCUCGUGGCGCUUGCCGCCCGACGAGACCCUACAGGUCGCCGACCCCAAGUCAGCCAAGGAAGAGGAAUUAUACCCAGGGGAUGGUCACAAUUGGAAAAGCAUCAUAUUUUCUUUGAUGGUCAUCAGUUGUGUAAUAGCUGGCAUCGUUACAGCGAUUUAUUUACUAGGGUAUGUGGACGAGUUAUUAUACUGGUCGGGUCGUCGUAUGCGACUGGAGCAGUUCCUGCGUGGCGACCUGACCGGGGAGCGGCUGCCCACCACCUGGGUCAACUCCCACCAGCUGGUGUACCAGGCCGACGACGGCGGGUUACUGGCGCUCGACACCUUCAACAAUACGCUAUCUGUCCUAGUCACCAACCACACACUAAGGCAGCUGAAUGUGCGCGGAUACCAGUGCUCGCCCAACUUGCGUUACGUGCUCUUCCAACACAAUAUCAAGGAGGUUUAUCGGCGGACGUUUACUGCUCACUAUACCAUUUAUGACGUCACAAAUGACCACCACAUGCCGCUGUUCGGCGAUGGCCAGGGCAGCUGGGAGUGGCAGCACGCCGCGUGGCUGGGAACCGAGGGUGCCUUACUGCUGGCCGCCGACAACGAGGUGCUGGCCCGGCCCGGCCCGCCCGCCAAGAUCGCGCCGCUGCUGCGCCUCACCGACGACGCCAGUCCCGGUCGGGUCUACAAUGGGGUGUCCGACUGGUUGUAUCAAGAAGAGGUGACGAAAGCCCCCUCCGCGUCGUGGGGCUCCGCGGACGGCUCGCUGGUGCUGUACGUGCAGUACGACGACAGCGCAGUGUCAGAGCUCCGCUUCCCGCGCAUCUCGCAGGGCAUCGGCGGCGUCGGCGCCGCGCGCUCCGGCUUCCUGCUGCCCGCCUACAACAACUCCGUGCCUACCGUCUUCCCGGACCACGAUACUAUCCGAUAUCCUACGCCGGGAAGUUCAAUUCCGAAAGUAAAGUUAUGGAUCGUAGCGGUUCAAAAUUCAACGUCACCGCAGAGAUGGGAGAUCAAACCGCCGAGCAAGUUAGAUGGAAUGGAAUAUUAUCUCAUAUCAGCCCAGUGGGUGGGCAAAGACAACUCUCAUGUGGGGGUGGUCUGGAUAAAUCGAGCACAAAACGAAACGGUUUAUAGCAGCUGUCAUGCACCCAACUGGACCUGUAUGGAGACCCAUUCCGAGAAGGCGACCGACGAGCCGUGGCUGGAAGUGCACCAGCAGCCCGUGCACUCCGCGGACGGCAGCGCGUUCCUGCUGCUGGCCGCCGUGCAGGAGGGCGGCGGGCAGUACUACACGCACAUCAAGCACGUGGACGUGGUGCGCCAGCGCCACGCCGUGCUCAGCCACGGCCGCGUCGAGGUCGCCGAGAUACUCGCCUGGGACGAGAUCAACCAUUUAGUCUAUUAUUUAGGUUCAGAAAAAGUACAGUCUUACAUACCUAAACUACAACCUGAAAUGCUGAUGGAAGCAAAUCAAAGUAGCGCAGAGAGACCCGGUCAGAGACACGUAUACGUCGUCCAAGACCCGAGUUAUGGUGGCGGCAGCAACUCCGUCCGCGCCCGCGCCGAGCGCGAGGAGCCCCGGUGUCUGACGUGCGAGCUGGCGGUGUGGCCGGUGCGGCUGCACUACGCCAACUGCUCGUACUGGUCGGCCGCCUUCGCCCCGCCGAAGCCGAGCGUCGGGAUCACGCACUACGUGCUCGAGUGCGGCGGCCCCGGACCUCCUUUGGCUGGGCUUCAUGACGCGCAAACCCAUAAGCUAGAGAGAAUAUUAUAUGACACGAGGCCUUAUAAAUCAGUACGGUUACGUGAGUUGGCGCUGCCCACGCGGCGCUCGUUCGACGUGCAGCUCGGCAGCGGCUCCAAGGCGCGCGUGCAGCUCAUGCUGCCGCCGUCGUGGCGCGAGGAACUGCGCGACGCUGCCUUCCCGGUGCUUGUGCAAGUUAACGGCAGGCCCGGCAGCCAGCAGGUGUCGGAGCAGUUCGUGGUGGACUGGGGCACGUACAUGUCGUCGCGCAACGACGUGGUGUACGUGAAGCUGGACGUGGCGGGCGCGCGCGGCUUGCCGCGGGCCCUGCUGCGCGGACGCAUAGGCGGCGUCGAGGUGGCCGACCAGUUGGCUGUUAUUAGAUAUUUAUUAGAGACGUUCAAAUUCUUGGACGUGACGCGCGUAGCGGUGUGGGGCUGGGGCUACGGCGGCUACGUCACCACCAUGCUGCUCGGCUCGCAGCAGGACACGCUCAAGUGCGGGAUCGCCGUGUCGCCGAUCACGGACUGGCUAUAUUACAAUAGCGCGUUCACGGAGCGCAUCCUCGGGCUGCCGUCGGUGAACUACAAGGGCUACGUGGAGGCGGACGCGUCGCAGCGCGCGCACCACGUGCCCGCGCACGCGCUGUACCUGCUGCACGGCAUGGCCGACAUGACCGCGCCCUACCCGCACGCGCUACAGCUGGCGCGCGCGCUCACUGAUGCUGGCGUGCUGUUCCGGUACCAGGCGUAUGCUGACGAAGGCCACGAUCUGAAAGGCGUCAUCGAGCACGUGUACCGUUCAAUGGAGGACUACCUCCGCGAGUGCCUCUCCCUCGACCCCGAGGACACCAAGCUGCCGCCGCCCGACAGAUAAGGGCACCUCCAGCGUCUCCGCACUCUCUAUACCUUUGCUAAACUACCAAACCUCAUUUUACCGUCGCUACAUCGCUCUA